AAUGAAUGGCUGAUGAUGAUGAUGUCAGGUUUGGUUCACGGUGGAAAAACUCACUUUGUUCCUCCAGGCUUCAGGACACAGGGAUUACUUCCAGCUGUGUGGAAGGGAGGAGAAUCAGAAGCUCUGCACAGACUCAACAAACAUCUGGACAAGAAGGUGUGGGUAGCUAACUUCGAGCACUCACGCGUCAACACGUGUUCUCUGUAUGCCAGCCCCACCGGCCUCAGCCCGUACCUGCGCUUCGGGUGCUUGUCCUGCAGGGUUCUGUACUACAACCUCAGAGAGCUCUACAUGAAGCUGCGGAAGCGUACCAGUCCUCCUCUGUCACUGUUUGGACAGUUGCUGUGGAGAGAGUUCUUCUACACUGCCGCCACCAACAACCCCAACUUUGACCGCAUGGAGGGAAACCCCAUCUGUGUCCAGAUCCCAUGGGACCAGAACCCAGAGGCACUGGCUAAGUGGGCGGAGGGUCGGACCGGUUUCCCCUGGAUUGACGCCAUCAUGACUCAACUGAGACAGGAAGGCUGGAUCCACCACCUGGCUCGACACGCUGUGGCCUGUUUCCUCACCCGAGGAGACUUGUGGAUCACCUGGGAGAGCGGCAUGAAGGUGUUUGAGGAGCUGCUCCUCGAUGCAGACUGGAGUGUGAACGCUGGCAGCUGGAUGUGGUUGUCCUGCAGCGCCUUCUUCCAACAGUUCUUCCACUGCUACUGUCCCGUGGGCUUUGGAAGGAGGACCGACCCAUCAGGAGACUACAUCAGGCGCUACGUCCCCGUCCUGAAGGAUUAUCCCAACCGCUACAUCUACGAGCCGUGGAACGCUCCGGAGUCGCUGCAGAAGGCGGCGAACUGUGUGGUGGGUGUGGAUUAUCCCAAACCUAUGAUCAACCACGCAGAGGGAAGUCGACUCAACAUCGAGAGGAUGAAGCAAGUUUAUCAGCAGCUGUCGCACUACAGAGGACUCAGCCUACUAGCAUCAGUACCAACAAUCCAGGAGGAGGCGGAGCCACCAAUGACGGAUGAGUCUCAGACGAGCAGCGGCCCUGACUCUCCUCCCCGAGUUCCUGUCCACAGAGAACCAGCCAUCUGCUCCCCGGCUCCUGAUUCGUCCAUAGUCUGUGGCUCCUCCUCCUCCUCGGGAGACGCUUGCUCGCUGCAGACGCUCCACUCAUCCUCGCAGCCUUCUCCCGCCGCCACGUCCAAGUCUGCCGCCGCAGCUCCGCCCCCUCCGGCUUCAUCCCCCGUCCACAGUCCUCUGAAUCUGCCCUCCCCUUCCUCCUCAUGUCCUACUUUGUCCCCGGCCCCGAGUCUAGCCGCAACCUCUGCUCAGACUUUUCCAAAGAGGAAAGGCCCCGCCCACAAGGUUUGUCGCAGUCGGAGACUCCGAGGAAGUCGGAGCAGAGAGGAAGGGGGGGGAGGAGAGGAGGAGGAGGAGGAGGAGGAGACAGGAGCAGAGGAGAAGAUGGAGGAGGAUGUUGAAGAGGAGGAGAAAAUGGAGGAAGAGGAUUGAGGAGAAAGUGCUGCACAUCAGCUGUGACUCCAGGGGGAAUUUCAGAGGUACCGUCUCCUGUGGACACUCAGAGACACUGGAGCAGCAGCGUCACAGCAAAGAGACAAAAAGGGACAAAAGUGUUGGACUCACAUUUGGAGGACACCUAAUUUCAAACAAAGACACACCCACACACACAUACACACACACACACACACACACACACACACACACACACACACACUGCUCCUGUCUUGAUAUUAUGCAGUUACAAUGAUUUAAAGGGACUGUCGUGUUUUUGACCUUGUGGGCGGGGCCUUUCCUCUUUUGGAGUGUUGUAUGAGGCAGUAAAUGUGCUAUGAGCGCCCCCUGUAACCAGAACCUGCAGGAGACAGACAGUCUCACUCUCAGUGAAAACAUGAGAGUUGUUUAAGUCUCUGAUAUCUUUAAGAACACGUUCACGUCUUUAUCUUCACUGUGAGACAGAGUUUUGUAAACCACUCACUCUUCCACACCAAAGCCCACAGAGAAAGUCAGUAGGGCAGCAGCUCCUGUGUCCUCGCCAACUAAAAUCACUGCCUUUCUCUAUGAGCUUUGGUGUGGGAGAGUGAGUGUGUCCCUGCCUGUCUAAUGUUGUGAAAAAGAAGAACUGUCCUUUUAACAUAACAUUGUGUUUUAGUCAGAAAACACAGUGAGACGUUCACUGACCUCCUGAAUUGUGGUAAAAAUGUGUUUUAUGUUGUAGCGCCCCCCACUGUACAGUUUGUUUUUUCUUUAACGUCAGUUCAGGUCCACAGGAAGUAAAGAAAGAACAUCUCUGCUUCUUCUGUGACCCUCAUGAGUUUGUUCAUUUUCAAUUUUUUGAACGUGUUAAAACUCGAUUGACACAACAUGUUACUAUGUAAGUGUGUGUGUGUGAGAACGUGAGGUUUUAUAGUUCACUGUUUGAUGAAGAACUUAUGAAUGUCUGCAGUUAGAGUGACGUUCGCUUCAAGCUCUUGUUAAAAAUAAAUGGAGACACUUCAGUUAAAGGCACAUGAGAGAGAAAUACUGAAGGUGAGUCUUUGAAACCAAAAA